AUGAUGGCCCCCUUGAUCAUGAAGGCUCGGGCAUUCAGUUCAGCAGGGCGUGCACAGCAGCGCGGCAAGAGCAGUGGGUCGAGCGAGAUCGUGGUGCGACUGCACAAGCUCAAGAGGCCCGCGAAUAGCCAGAUUGUGAAGCAACUGGUAGGUCCACACCUGCCUGAGUGGCGGAAGACUCCCAAGCUUCUCCGCCGGGUGCUGCAAGAGCUCAGGGUGCUACAUCGAGAAGAUGUAGUAGGCGCCAUGUUUGCCGCCUUUAAGGACGGCAAGAUUAAGCUUGGCUUGCCCGACUAUACAACAGCAAUCAGCACGUGCGCCAAGACCAAGCAGUGGCCCAUGGCACUUCAUCUCUUUCAUGGCAUGCCUAAGGCCAGGGUUACCCCCAAUACCAUCAGCUACGGUGCCACGAUCAGCUCCUUUGAUUCGGGAGUGCACUGGCACCUGGCUCUGCAUUUGUUUGCCGCGAUGUUGAACGCCGAUCUUGCUGCUAAUGUCAUCAUGUUCAAUGCUGCCAUUAGCACCUGCGGAAAGAGCGGGCAGUGGAAGCCGGCUGUGCUGUUGUUGAGCGACAUGCAGAAAGCCAAGCUGGAACCGGAUGUCAUCAGCUACAGCGCGGCGAUCAGCUCCUGUGAGAAGGGCCAGCAGUGGCAGCUGGCGCUGCAUUUAUUUCAUCGCAUGCUCAGCACGAAGGUGGAUCCCGACGUUAUUAGCUACAGCAGCGCCAUCAGCUCCUGUCAGAAGGGCCAACAGUGGCCGUUGGCCUGGCGCCUGUUCCACAGCAUGCGCAAGGCCAAGGUUCGCCCCAAUGUAAUUAGCUACAGCGCCACGAUCAGUUCCUGCGAGAAGGGCGGUCAGUGGCAGUUGGCUCUGCAUCUUUUCAACGACAUGCCCAAAUCACAUCUUACGCCUGACGUCAUUGUCUACAAUGCCACCAUCAGCGCCUGUGAGAAGGGAGGGCCCUGGCAGCUGGCGGUACACCUCCUCGACCGGCUGCCUCAGGCCCAGCUUACUGCCGAUUGCAUCAGCUACAAUGCCACCAUCAGCUCCUGUGAGAAGGGCUCGCAGUGGCAGGUCGCAGCACAACUCUUUCAGGAGAUGCCGUUUGCAAAGUUGGCCCACGAUCGCAUCAGCUACAACGCCGUCAUCAGCUCCUGUGGAAAGGGCCAGCAGUGGCAGCUGGCACUGCGUCUCCUCGGCGGAAUGGACGAAGCCAAGGUGAACCCUGACGUGAUCAGCUACACUGCCAGCAUCAGCGGCUGUCAGAAGGCCGAGCAGUGGAAGAUGGCCCUGCUCCUCUUCAACGCCAUGCACGAAGACCGAGUUGCCCAGCAUGCUGCCAGCUACAAUGCUGUGCUGGAAGGUGCCUGCAACAGCGCUCAGGGCUACGACCGAUACCUGCGCACUGGGAAGCUGUGA